CAGACUUGAGAGCCAAACCCAAUCAACAAAUAUCUCUUCAAAGCUUUCUGUCUGCUCUCUCUCUCUCUCUCUCUUAACCAUGUUAUUGAGAAGGAACCUAACCUUAGUCUCUUCAAAUCUGUUCAUUUCUUGAUCUGGGUUGUAACACUCUUUCUUUCUCCAGAUCAUAGUUUUCUUAUUUUUUUUAACCAUCAAAGUUUGAAACUUUCAUUGCUUUUUUUUGUUAUCCCAAGUUUUAACUUUCUCUAAUAAACUAACACCGAAAACAAAUCCCAUCUGGGUUCUUCCUUUUCUUUUAGUAUGUUUGCUUGGUUUUAACAGAUUCACGGUAAUGGGUUUCUUGUUAAAGAUGCAUAUUGACUUUGGUUCAUUUCAGAUUGCAACUUUAUUUGUAUGAGAGCUUUUCAUAGUUGGGUUUAAGAUUAUGGGCAGAGGUAGAGGAAAGGGAAAGAAGUUGACUGUUAGCAACCAUGAGGAUGCUGGAAGUGGUGAAGAAGAGAAGAUUCCUGCGCAGAAGAGAAGAGGAAGGCCACAAAAACCAUUAAAGGAUGAAAUUGAUGAAGAAGAAGUUGAAAAACUAGAAGAGGAGGAUGGUGAGAACGGAAAAGCUGGUAUCACAAGCAAAGAGAGAAAGAGUCCCUCUGCUGCAGAGAAUGGAAAAAAGAGAAAACGGAACUCACAGGUUAAAGAGAAGCCUGAUUUGGUCAAAGAAGAGAAUGGUGUUGGCACCAGAUCAAGCAUUGAUGACUCAACAAAGUCUACUGGGUUUCGGCAAAAUGGGAGUAGGCGGAAAAGUAAGCCACGUCGAGCAGCUGGAGCAGUUGUUGAAUGCAAGUGAGAUCAUGGCUGCUUCUUGUGAUGGGGCUCUUCUUUUUCACUUUGCCAGAUACAUAAUGAGAUAGGAAGUGAGUCCUAGUAAAUCUCUAGUCAAUAUUGCAUUUCGGUAAUUGUUUCUUUUUUUAUUUUUGUCGGUUCCCUAUCUUUAAUUCCUUUUCUAUUUAUUUGAUUUUGGAGUUUUGGAACUGAUUCUGCUGGUUGUAAUUUUUGAUAAUUCUAUUAUAUUCCAUAUCAUCACUGGAUUCUUGUAAUAUAUCAUCUGGAUUACAAUGCCAAGCUCUUCUUUUCACUUUA